UAAAUAUUAUAUUUAAUUUUUGGGUUUAAUUAUAGCAAAUGGUAUCGUAUACUGAACUACUGGUCGGACCGUAAUAUCUCGGGUCCGAAACCCAUACCAUAUUUCGGCAAUAUUUUAAGCCCUAUUUUAAAAGGCAAAGAAUGUGUUGAGACCGAGUGGUAUCGGACUUACGGCCAACUCUACGGAGUGUAUGAGUUUGGAAAACCCGGUCUACGGGUGGCGGACCCGGUGCUCAUCAAACAGAUUCUGGUGAAAGAGUUUCACAAAUUCCGUAACCGUAAGGAAGGCGGCGACAGAAUUGCAGUUUUUAAAAACACACUCAUCAGAGCCACUGGCGAUGACUGGAAACGGAUCCGAGCCAUAGCCAGUCCCGCAUUCACUUCGGCUAAACUCAAACACAUGUAUCCACUCAUCAACGAGUGUUGCCGUGACUUCUUGGCCGCACUUCACACAGACGUGUCCACCGGUCGACGGGAAGUAGAGUUAAAGCAAUUGAUGGGCGCUUUUACUAUGGAUGUGAUCGCCAGCACAGCGUUUGCCACCAAAACUAACCCCUAUUCAAACCCAAACAAUCCGUUUACCUCUAACUGCAAAGCUCUCUUUCAUGAGCGACCGUUUAUGAUCUUCCUGUCACUUAUAUUACCGACAUUUAUCACAAAUAAAUACUUCUGGAAAGUCAUGGUAAAGGAUCCGGAUCUUAAUUCCAAGUUUUUUAUCGACAUUUCCCGUGAUUUAAUAUAUGAGCGCAAAAAGUCAGGCAAAAAAUAUAAUGAUUUUUUGCAAUUACUUAUGGAUGUGGAGAGAGUGGACAAUAACACGACGACUACGGGUGCGGACUCUGUGGCCAGCGAUGCACUGGAAGGACAUCACGUGAACGAAGGCGUCGACGAACUGAUGGCAGAGAAACAGGCGUUGAGUGGAGUCGUGGAGAAGAAG